CUCUGACCUUUUUCUUGUAAUUUGGUCAAAUCCAAUCUGGGUUUCUUUCAUUUUGCAUGUUCCGUUUAGAGUUUUGAAGUGUUACCCCCUUUUGGGUCACUUCAAUUCCAUUAGAAGUUCCAAUAUUUUAUCAUCUGGGAAAUCUUAGAUCUCCCUUUCAAAAUUUGGGUUCCUUUUCAUUUCCAGCAAAGAUUCGAUGUCACAAGGUUUUUCGAUCGAGCUUUACUUUGAUCCAGCACUCGAAAACCAAGUCUUGAAAGCAUGGAACGUUUUGGCUCGUAGCCAAAUCAGCACUCAGCUAAUUGAAAUCGAGUCUAGGCCUCACAUUACUCUCUUUUCAAGCACUUUUCUUGACCCUCCCAAGCUUGAAUCUGUUCUAAAGUCUUUUGCUUCCAAACAAGGACCUUUACCUAUAUCUUUUUCCUCAAUUGGGACUUUCCCAAAUGACAAAAAUGUUCUUUUUCUUGCAACAGUUCCAACAAUGGCCCUCCUACAGUUCCAGGCUCAAUUGUGUGAGGCAAUUAAAAAAGAAGGGAUCGAAAUUGGGGAAGAGUUCAAAGCUGAUUCAUGGGUUCCCUAUUGUCCAGUAGCUCAGGAAGUGCCGAAAACAAGGAUAGCCGUGGCUUUUUGUGUGUUGAGAGAGUUGAAGUUGUCUGUUUCUGGAUAUGCAAUGGACAUUGGAUUGGUGGAGUUUUCACCUGUUCGUGAAUAUUUCUCAUUUGAAUUUGGGAAUGCUGUUGAACCAUGAGAUUUGGAGGGCUCAUUAUUACAUUGUUAGACUGUUAGUUUUUUUUAUUGCCCUUUGUCAGAAUUCCAAAAUGAAUUUUAUUGAUAUGCUGCUAACAAUGAAUGAUGGAUUCUUAGUUCAGGUCAGUUUGCAACUUACUUCAUUAUCCUACGAUUUUAUUACCUGCUGUAUUUUAACAUUACAUAACUAGAUUCUCUAUUGAAUGGGACUAAAACAUGGAUUGCCCUCA